AUGGCGUCCGGGCCGCCCUUGACGAUCCCGACCUCCGAACGAAGGGAUAGCACUCUCCUCUCACCCGUCGAAUACGAUGCAGAUGCCGUAUCUAUACGCAGCGACCAAGACACAGAUAGCGAGGAUGACGAACUGCAGAUGCGGGCGCGGACGAGCGGCGAACUCAGAGCUCGCGACCGUCUAGUCUUCAUGGAGGAGGAUGAGGUCGACCGGCUGGUGACGGAUGCGCGACGUAAGCAGGAGCGAGAACGCCGAGGGUCCGGCCUACCAAUUCCCAAUCCCCUCAAAUUCUUGUCCCGACGCUCGAGCGAUGCGAGCCUGUCCCGGAGCCCUGCUCGCGCCGACGCGGCAUCCACCGAGAAUCUAGUGCCCGAGAAGCGGCAACAAAGACGGGAAAGGAGGCGGAGGAAGAAGGAAAGGCUACUAGCCGAUGCCAAAGAUGGCGAAGAUGGGGAACUGAUGUAUGAGAUGGAGCAGGGAGGGAUGAGAGAUGGAAGCUCAACCGGCGAAAGCAGCGACAGGGAAGACAGUGACGAACUCGACCGGAAAGGCCUGAAGCAAUUCGCCGACGCCAAGUCCAGGAGAAGGCGCAAUUGCUGUCGCUGGCUCAUCAUUCAUGCCCUGAUCGUCACCUCGUUCGCUUUGUUGGUGUUGGUGGCUUGGAAACUUUCACUCGCCAAGAAGGCCGAAGUCGCGCGACAGUUUGUUAGCAACGGCACCGCACUGUUUGCACCUACGACCAUCCUUAUCAGCCUCGACGGAUUCCGUGCCGACUUCCUCAAUCGUGGUCUGACGCCGAGGCUCAACGCGUUCAUCAAGGAGGGAGUCUCGCCUCUCUACAUGCUCCCGUCCUUCCCGAGCGUUACGUUUCCCAACCACUACACUCUCGCAACAGGGCUCUACCCAGAAAGCCAUGGUGUAGUGGGGAAUACCUUCUGGGACCCGGAGCUCGAGGCCGACUUUUACUACACUGACCCGGACCGCAGUCUCGACCCCAAAUGGUGGGGAGGAGAGCCGUUCUGGGUGACGGCAGAAAAGGCCGGCAUUAGGAGUGCUAUCCAUAUGUGGCCUGGAAGCGAGGCUCACAUUCUCGGGGUCGAACCCAGCUUUUUGGACAAAUACAAUGGAAAAGAGAAGUUGCCAAAGAAGGUGAAAAGAAUACUAGAGUUUUUGGAUAAACCCGGCAGAGAGGAUCCCACCGCAGACCCGGCCGAUAUGCGACCGCAGCUCAUUGCAGCCUAUGUCCCUGACGUGGACUCGGACGGUCAUAAGUAUGGACCGAACAGCACAGAGAUCCGCAGCACUAUCAAAGCUGCUGAUGAGAUGCUGGAAGAGUUAUUCGAGGGGCUGGAGCAACGGAACCUGACGCAUAUUGUCAACGUCAUUGUCGUCUCUGACCAUGGCAUGGCAACGACAGACACAUCGCGCUUGAUGCAACUUGACGACCUGGUGGACCUCGAUCGGAUCCGGCAUGUUGAUGGGUGGCCUCUUGUUGGCCUACGUCUACACAACGACUCGGAAUUGCAGGAGGUGUACGACGGAGUCAUCGAGAAAACAAAGGGCAACCCAAAUAUCGAGGUCUAUUUGCGCGAUGUCAACAUGCCCGAGCGUUACCAUUUCUCCAACAACGACCGAAUCGCUCCUCUCUGGCUUGUGCCAAAGACGGGCUGGAACCUGGUUCAGAGGCAGGAUUUUGAUAUUGAAGAGGCCAAGGCCAACGACAUCGUCUACCAUCCUCGCGGCCUGCACGGCUAUGACCAUGAACAUCCCUUGAUGAGAGCUAUCUUCGUGGCCCGGGGCCCAGCGUUCCCUCACGAGCCUGGCAGCCGCCUUGAAGCCUUUCAAAAUAUCGAGGUGUACAACAUCCUAUGCGAUUCAAUUGGGUUGGCUCCCAUCGCCAACAACGGAACCCUACGUCUACCUCUGCGGCCUAUUGGGCUUCACGAUCCUGAAGUUGUCAUGGAGGAGCCACCUGACCCGGUCUCUUCAUACACACUCGAGCCGACGCCUGUGCGCCCGACUUUGGUGUCUCAGGCUCCAGCAGCGACAACUGCCAGUCGUUCAUUGGGUGUUGACCCAGUCCACACGAGUUUGUCCACUCCGAACCCGGUACAGGUUGAUCCCGCAACACCACAGCCAGCAACACCACAGCCAACAGGGCAAGCAGCCGAUGAAGGAGACAGUAAAAACAGCGGUACCCUGCUUGAUGACGCAAAGUCAGCAGCCAAGGGAUUCUGGGAUUGGCUGACCGACAAGUUUGAUGAUAUUUGGGACAAGAUCACUGGGUCUGAUCAAGGGGAAAAGGGGAAUGGUUGA